AUAGUAUUUAUUUAUUGUUGGUAUUUACACUCUGUCUCUCUCUCUCUCUCUCUCGCUCUCUCUCUCUGUCGAGCGUUUCCAAUUAUGGAGUCCGUCGAUCUCCAUGAAGCCCACGAAACCACCACCGCCAACCACAAUGACCAUGGCUGGCAAAAGGUAUCAUAUCCCAAACGACAACGCAAGACCAAGCCCAACGCCGAUCCCGAAAAGCCUAACCUUACCCGCCCUAAUGGAUCCCUAACUAACGGCGCCCCUAACGUUUUCCGUUCCGUCGAGCAACAUUCGGAAGAUCGCCGCCGGCGGACCCUCGAAGCUCAAAGAGCUGCUGCCCUUAACGACAAUGCGAAGGCUAAACAUAACAGAUCGGGCCUCGAUGACGACGACGACAACGACGAAGACAGUGAUCUGGAAGGCAUUAAACCUAACGGAAAGCCGGCAGAGGAGGAAAAGAAGGUGAAGCAAAAGAAGCCGAAGAAGCCUAAGGUUUCGGUUGCAGAGGCCGCCGCAAAAAUCGAUCCCGCCGAUCUCUUGGCAUAUCUCGCUGGAUUGAAUGAGGAACAGCAGGAAAUUCAAAUGCAGAAGUUUGCGAAUUAUUUUGGGAAGGCAUUCCGGGAAGUGGUAGCGGGGCAGUUUCCUUGGAUGAAGAUGUUUAGGGAGAGUACCGUUAUCAAGCUUGCUGAUAUACCUCUUUUGCAUAUUUCUGAUGCUGUUAAUAAGACAUCAGCCGAUUGGAUAAGCCAACGAUCCCUUGAGGCACUUGGUUUCUUUGUAUUAUGGUCUUUAGACAUCAUUCUUGAGGACUUGGUGGCCCAGCAAGUAAGUGCGAAGGGUUCCAAAAAAGGUGUGCAACAAACAUCAUCAAAGUCUAAGGUUGGAAUAUUUGUGGCAUUAGCAAUGGUAUUGCGGCGUAAACCUGAUGCGUUAAUUAGUGUAUUACCGAAGCUGAGAGAAAAUUCAAAAUAUCUAGGACAAGAUAAGCUCCCUGUCUUUGUAUGGAUGAUAAUUCAGGCCUCCCAAGGAGAUCUUGCUGUGGGGAUGUACUUGUGGGCACAUCACCUUUUGCCUGUAGUUGGUGGAAAAAACUGUAAUCCACAGUCCAGGGAUCUAAUUUUACAGAUAGUGGAAUGGAUCUUAUCUGCCUCAAAAGCACGGUCAGUUUUAGUAAAUGGUGCUGUUAGAAAAGGGGAACGUUUGGUGCGACCAUCUUCAUUUGAGAUACUAAUGCGAGUUACCUUCCCUGCAUCUUCAGCUAGAGUAAAGGCUACUGAAAGGUUUGAGGCCGUAUAUCCCACACUGAAGGAAGUGGCUCUUGCUGGUUCUCAUGGAAGCAAAGCAAUGAGACAAGCAUCUCAGCAGAUAUUCGACUUUGCUAUCAAAGCAGCAGGAGAAAGCUCUCCUGAGUUAUCCAAAGAAGCAGCUGGAAUAGUCAUAUGGUGUUUGAACCAGAAUGCUGACUGCUACAGGCAGUGGGACAAGGUGUAUCUUGAAAAUCUAGAAGCUAGUGUUGCUGUUCUUAAAAAACUUUCAGAGGAAUGGAAUCAACACUCUUCAAAAUUUACUACUCUUGAUGCUUUGAGGGAAACCAUCAAGAGUUCUAGGAACAAGAAUGAGAAAGCAACGGCUGGUGGAGCAGAUGCCUCUAGACAGGCACUGUUUCAGGAUGCAGAGAAGUACUGUAAGCAUAUAUCUGGAAAGCUAUCACGAGGCCAUGGGUGCAUGAAAACUCUGGCCUUUGUUGUUGUUGCAUUUGCUGUAGGUGCGACUGUCGUUUCUCCCAACAUGGAUGCCUGGGACUGGAACAAACUGUCUGUAGUUUUCAGCUCUUAACAAUCUUCCCGUCUAGAGCUUUGUCUUUUAGAUACUUUCUUUCCUCAGUUAAAAGAGUUUUUGAUCUAGAGUUUCCAACUGGAAAGGAAAAAAAAAAACAGGAAAAGAUGUUUUUUAAUAUGGCAUUUAGGGAGAAUAGGAUCAGAAUACAGGCAGUCGUCUUGAAGAAGCCAAGCCCAAGGUUGAGGAAAAUCAUUGAAUGAGUUGGGUUUACUAUAUUUACAUGUAUUUCGAGUAAUUUAUUCUCAUGACUUUUGUAGAUUCCAAUAAUUUGAGGAUCAAUCUGCAUGGUGGAAACCAUUAUUAGAAUGCUUUGACAAAUGAAGUUUCUUCAGUUGCUUA